GUGAAAAGUAGAUUUUCCGCAAAAUGCUGCACCCGGUGCGUCAUGUGCUCAAUCAGAAGCGAAUAGUGUUAGCUAGUGGAUCACCCCGUAGGCAGGAAUUGAUGAAAAAUCUCGGAAUAAAUGUUGAGAUUUGCCCUUCGCGCUUUGAGGAAGACUUCAAACCUGAGGAUUUUCCGUCAUUUUGCGCAUAUGUGGAAGAGACUGCACUCCAUAAGGUGCUGGAAGUUAGCGAUAGACUCCACGACCCGGCUCCGGAUGUCAUAAUUGGCGCAGACACAGUUGUAACGAUGGAUGGGGUGGUGUAUGGGAAGCCCAAAAAUAAGGAGAGGGCAUUUCAGAUACUGACCAAACUCAUGAAUCGCAAACAUCGCGUCUACACGGGUGUUGUGAUAAAGAUUGCGGAUAAAUUCAUUAGAUUCACAGAGACAACAGAUGUGUACUUUGGCCAAGCCACACCGGAGCAGAUCCAUGCGUAUGUGGACACCGGGGAGCCCCUGGAUAAAGCCGGAGGCUAUGGGAUUCAGGGUGUGGGUGGGACAUUCAUUGAGCGCAUCGAGGGUGACUACUUCACGGUGAUUGGGCUGCCGCUCUACAGAAUAUGCAGGGAGCUGUAUUGCCUCUUCAGAUAAUUUGCAUCGCAUGAGAAAAAGUUCCUAUAUAUUAUAAUUUAGACAUGUUCCCCAGCAGUGAUUCCUCUUCUGUACGGUGAAUAAGAAAAAAAUCCCCAUUGACAAAA